AUGUCUGAUGGCUAUGCUCGAUUGACAGGCAAGCCUCAAUGUGUCAUUGUUCACGUCGAUGUCGGCACCCAAUGCCUCGGCACCGCUGUCCAUAAUGCGUCUACCGGCCGGGCCCCUGUGCUCGCCUUUUCCGGACUUUCACCACUUACGCUCGAGGGCCAAUACUGCCGUGCCGUCUGGGAACCGGUUGAGCUAGGUGGACUACCGACCAAGGCAGCUGCCGAUAUUGCUGGGGCCCUCGCUGGGGCCGAGAGACCUCUGCUUAUAAAAAGAUAUUAUAGGCGCGACCCCAAAAUCCCCAGGGCGCUUGUCGAGCUAGCAGAUACUAUCAAGGGGCUCCGUGUGCUGGAUACGGGCGGGAGCAACAUGAGCUUCCCUAGGAAUCGCCCAGCCUGGAUCGGAUGGAACGCGCCUCGCAAGUCAAUGCUGCUAGUUCACCCCAACGGCCUUGCCGCAAAGGCGACCAACGAGGAGAUCAGCAUUUCGUUCGAGCCUGUUCCAGACUAUGCAGGCAUCGCCAAGGCCACCGGAGGGGGGGCAAUCCAUGCAAUGAGGGUGGAGAAGGCUGCGGAGCUCGGGGUGGUACUCAAGGAGGCAGUGGCCACGGUGCAGGCGGGCACGACGACGGUGGUGGAUUACAAGGUUGAUUUCGAUUGCUGA